UAGAAGAAGAUGAAGACGACACUCGCUGUGCUCCUAAUCAUGGAGCUCUACUUACUCUCCUCUGGUCUCAAAAAACAUUUCUUUGUGGAUAAGCAGAGGAAAUGGUGUAGUGCACAACAGUACUGCAAAACUUAUUUCCAUUCCCUUUCCACCUUCGUCAAUUACACUGAGGAACAGCAAUUUUUAGCUAAUUCUUCUGCUCAAACGUCUAAUGCCUGGGUUGGACUCUACAAAAAGCCUGAAAUUGGAGUCUGGAAGUGGUCAGGAGGUAUAGAUGCUGUACAACUUAGCUGGGAUAAUGACCAACCAAAUAACCUUAUCACUGAAAACUGUGGCUUUCUAUACAAAGACACUAAGAAAUUGCAUGAUGAAAAAUGCAGAGAACAGCUAAACUUUUUCUGUAUGACAAACUUCACUCUGGUGCUGCAGAAUGAGACCUGGGAUGGAGCUCUGGAAUACUGCAGAACUCAUUAUAAAGAUCUGGCAAGUCUGAGUACAAUGGAAAGACUGGCUUCUGCUUUACUGGAAAGCACACAGGCUGAAACAGAAUAUGUGUGGACUGGUCUGCGUUUUCUAGCAGGGGACUGGUUCUGGGUCAAUGGAGAUGAUCUUAACUACACAGCCUGGGAUCAGAAUGAACAGCACCAGUGUCCUGCCAGAGACCUUCGUUGUGGAGCCCUGGACAAGCAAACACAUCUUUGGACAAACAGAAACUGUGACGAGAAGUUCAGCUUCUUUUGUCAGUAGACGGUAUGUCACUUGAACAGCUUUUUCAGGAUCCAAAAUUGUAACUAGAUAUAUACUGUGCCAAUAUAAUAUUUGGGCCAGCUGACAUAUUUGUACUGUAAACCUCAUAUAUUAUCGGAACCUUUAACAACAACAGUUAAACAUUUUCAUUAUUAAAAUAACAUAAGCUUAAUUGUAAUUUUUUUUUUGGCCAAGCCGGGUGACACUGCUGUCUCCUGCUCUGUGCUCACUGGAAAGAAGCUUUCCUCUGGAUAGGAGACUACAUAGACAUUACUUAGGUUUUUGUCAAGUCAUGUUAAACUUAAAUAAAUUAUAUUGUUGUAACCGCCAG